AUGACCGCAGGCAUGCGGAUGGAUCAAGAGGCACACUUUGGAUUAGCGAGUGAUCCAGGAACAAUAGAUGAAACGAGUGCCCAAGACUUUCGCAACCUCAUGGAAGUCAACACCGUGGGUAGUUUUUUAGCAUGCAAGUAUGCACUGCCUUACUUACGGGAGACAAAAGGAAACAUCAUCAACGUGGCCAGUAUUGUUGGUGUCUUUGGGACUCAGCAUAGCGUGUCAUAUGCCUCAAGCAAGGGUGCUUUGAUUUCUAUGGCCAAAGCCCUGGCCAUCGAUGAAAGCAAAUACGGAGUACGAGUCAACAGCAUUUCACCAGGUAUUAUCUGGACUCCUUUGACAAAAAAGCUGACAGAACUGUUGCCGAAUACAGAGACAGUGCAACAAUACAAGGACAGUCAGCUUAUGAGACGCUUAGGGACCCCGGAAGAAGUGGCAUUGACUGUCCUGUUCCUUGCUGCAGAUGCUACUUUCAGCACUGGUUUAAACCUUCUGGUCACUGGUGGAGCUGAAGUUGGCUUUGGGAAGAAGAACCAGGUGGAUCCUAAGCCUGACCCAAGUGCAGGUGGGAACUCACAAGGUUCCUCCAGCAAGUCAUGGAAAAGAGACAAGUGCUUCAGAGGGAGCUGCAGGCUUCUGGGUGCCCAGGGGACACUUACUUCCAGAGGAGAUGCAGCAGAACCUGGGAGCGAUCCGCGACCAAAUACGCACACUCCAGGGGGUCGUGGCCGCAGGGCAGAUCCCGGGAGGAGGACCGGCGGGCCCUCCGGCAGGCGCGCCGGCCGGGCCCUUGGCGGGCCCUCCGGCGGGACCCCCUGCGGGGCCGCCGGUCGGCCCUCCAGUAGGACCCCCGGUUGGGCCCCCGGCCGGUCCUCCAGCAGGCCCCCCGGCUGGACCACACGCGGGACCGCCGGCCGACCCUCCGGCGGGACCCCCGGCCCCACCACCCGGUGGGCCGGUGGCUCCGGUAGUUCCGGCUCCUGCCGCCCCGGCCGGAGGAGACGGGGGGGACACCGGGAGCUGAAAAUCACCUUUGACGGAGACGGGGAAGCGGUGGAGUACUUUACGAUCCAGUGCAACAUGUUUUUCACGCACUGGGGAGCGGGGUACCCCACGGAAGCAAGCCGCGUAGACCACAUUGCCUCCAGACUGAGGGGACCGGCUCAGAAGUGGUAUGUGGGGCUUUACACGGGACGGAAACCCGAGCUAGCCACCGUGGCCGACUUCCUGCAGGCGAUGCUCCGACAGUACGGAGACCCCCUACGAGAAGAGAAAGCCAUCGCGGCCCUACAAAGAAUAGAGCAAGUCGCGGGAGGGGUCACUACCCGUUCAGGGAAAAAGACCGGGGCCCCGGAAUUACCACAAAAGGAACGCUUUGCAUCAGAGGCCGACUUAGAAGGAGCAGAAUGCCCCGACGGGCUCGAGCAAGGGGAGGGGGGACUUUGGCUCCACAAAGGAAAAAUCUACGUGCCUAAGUCCAUGAGGAAAGAGGUGUUAGAACAGAGUCAUUCCAACCGCCUGGCCGGUCACUUUGGUCCUGUCAUAUCUGAGGAUGUCAAGGAGCUGCAAAAGCUCGCCUAUGAGUCCCUCCAGGAUGUGAUAUGUACUUGCUUCCUGAUGAAGGAGAAGCCAAAGCAAGUAGUGGAGAAACAGAGGCAAACAGCUGAUAUGGCAACUUGUCUGCGUUACCCAGGGAAGGUGGUGAUCGUGACUGGUGGCACCUCAGGCAUUGGUCUGGCUAUCGUGAGAGAAUUUGUUCACCAAGGAGCCAAUGUAGUCUUCUGUUCACGAGCACGCGGAGCGGAAGAGGGACAAGCGAUUCAGAGUGAACUGCAGGCUUCUGGGUGCCCAGGGGAUGCUUUCUACCAGGUCUGUGAUGUCCGGAAUGAGUCAGACAUUAAGAGGUUGAUUUUGGUAACUGUAGAACGUUACGGAUGCCUGGACUGCCUGGUGAACAAUGCUGGAGAUGGUGAUUUCAAAGGAAUAGAUGAAACAAGUGUCCAAGACUUUCGCAACAUCAUGGAAGUCAACGUUGUGAGCUGUUUGUUAGCAUCCAAGUAUGCACUGCCCUACUUACGUCAAACAAAAGGAAACAUCAUCAACAUGGCCAGCAUUGUCGGUGUCUUUGGGGGAAAGGGAAAUGUGUCAUAUAUUGCAAGCAAGGGUGCUGUGAUUGCACUGACCAAAGCCCUGGCCAUCGAUGAGAGUAAAUAUGGAGUACGAGUCAACAGCAUCUCACCAAGUUAUAUCCAGACUCCUCUGUUUGAAAAGGAUAUGAAUCUAUCACCGAAUCCAGAGGCAGCAACACAGAAAGCCAUCAAUAGUCAGCUUAUGGGACGUUUGGGGGCCCCAGAGGAGGUUGCAUUGGCUGCCCUGUUCCUUGCCACAGAUGCUACUUUCUGCACUGGUUUAAACCUCAUGAUCACUGGUGGAGCUGAAGUGGGAUUUGGGGAGAAGAACCAGAUGAAACCUGACCCAACUGAGAGUGGGAAGCCACAGGGUUUCUCCAGCAAACAAUAG